AUGAUGUCCUCCUUCCGUGAUGACGAUAUCAAGGAAGUGGAGAUAAGGCAUUAUCAGAAGAUGCAGCCCUUUUUCUUCACCUGUUGGACUUUUUUCUUCCAGGUCGUUUUUUCGGGCUUAAGUCUCUACUGUGAUGUUCAGAUUAUGAGAAACACUAAGAACAAAGCGUACAGGCUACCUGAGAUAUUAGAGAAGGCGAGAGUUGAACUUUUCAAUACGAUCGUGUGGCCAGCGAGCACGCUGGUCUUCACUAUGUUCUGGUUGUUCUACGCGGUGGACAGGGACCUUAUAUAUCCAACUGCAAUCGAUAAGGCAAUAAGUCCAACGUCUAACCACAUCAUGCACACGUAUAUAUUCCCGUUCGUUUUGUGGGAGAUGAUGUUUUACUACAGAGAGCGACCUGCAAAUGUAUUCUGGCGAGCAGCCGCUGUCAUAUCUUUGGAAGUGAUUUAUUUUUUGACGUUAAUAUUCGUCAAGAUGUACUUCGGAGUGUGGAUUUACCCGUUUUUCGGGAAAAUCAAUGAGUUACUAAUUAUACCAGGCUCCUUUACAAUAAUAGCGUUAUUUUUGUACGGCACACAGAAACUACAAUGGAUUUUGUACUCUAUGCUGUGGGAGGGAAGGCGAAAGCCGAUCGUUUUAAAAAUAAAUUAA